AUUUAUGUAGAUUUUUCCAAAUAAAAUUUUUCAAUGAUUGAAAAAAUUAUGCAGGCUCAAGUGUUUAAAAUCAGUAGGAGAUAACAGCAUUGUUUGUAAUACCUUUGUACAAAUGGAUUUGAUAAGACGUACAUUAUCAACACAACACAAAGUGUUCCGUCAAUAACCAGACAAGUGUUUUCAGAAAAAUAUAGAAUUGGGUUGAAAUUGUAAUACUUGAAUGUGGAAAAGCCGUUGAAUUCUUAUCUCACCAUAUCGUAAAUUCGUAUGUAAAGUUUCAAUUCUUUUUUCAGUUAUUAAUUAUUGAGCAAGUGAUUUCAGUGCGAGUCUACGAGUGAUUGGUUUGAUGAGAUUCUAUUUAAGAUGAAAAACCUAUUUGUUGUUUGCUUCCUUUUUGUGACGGUUGUUUACGGGUUUCCAAAAGAUGUAGCAAAUAAUUCAGAAAAGGGAAUGGAUUCCAAAACUGAAAUUCAAGGAUUGGAUACGGCAGUAGAAUCUGGUUUAGAAGAUGUACUUGUAGAUCACCAUAUAGAGUUUGCCUCGAAAAAGUUGGACUCAAAUCACAAAGGAAAGAAAAAAACGAUCAAAAAAGCACAUACUGAUGAAGAAGGCGAAGGAAAAGUUUGGGUCUUCCUCGUAGCUGGAUCCGAUGGUUGGACUAAUUACAGACAUCAGGCGGAUAUAUGCCAUGCUUACCAAACAAUCGUUCUGAGAGGGAUCCCAAAAGAAAACAUUAUUGUCAUGAUGAAAGACGACAUCGCAACAAAUGACUUGAAUCCAUAUAAGGGGAAGAUCAUAAAUGAGCCCAAUGGUACUGAUGUGUAUGAAGGUGUUAUAAUUGACUACAGAGGCAAUGAUGUAACUCCAGACAAUUUCCUCAAGGUAUUAGAAGGAGAUAAAAAAGCUAUGGAGGGUAUCGGCUCAGGCAGAGUUAUUGAAAGUACCGAAAAGGACACAAUUUUUGUGAACUUUGACGAUCACGGGUCAUAUGGAUACGUCAUCUUUCCCAAUAGACAGAAAUUAUCUGCUCAAAAUCUCUCUGAGGCAGUUCAUCGCAUGAUUGAAAAAAAGAAAUUCGAUAAGAUGUUGCUGUAUAUAGAAACCUGCGAAUCGGGAUCAAUGGCUGAUGGGUUAUAUUCAUCAAACUCUUCCGUUCUAGUAUUGACAGCUGCUGGACGAUUUGAGUCCUCUUGGGCUUGUUAUUGUCAAGAGAGUUCCUUACCAUGCUUGGGAGAUGCAUUCAGUGUCAGCUGGAUGGCAGAUUUGUACCAGGAAUUCAUGGCAACAAAUAAAAGCAUCUUUGAACAGUUUGAUGCUGUGAGAUCUUCAACAAGAAGAAGUCAUGUCAAUAUCUACGGAGAUUACAAUUUGGCAAGACUGCGACUGCAAGACUUCUUUGGAAAGCAUUUUAAAGCACGUACUCUUGAGAACUCGAUGAGAGAACCUGUGUAUGACCUUGUUGAUGCAAGAGACGUUUCUCUUCACUGGUUCAAAAAAAUGGCAAAGACAUACACAAAAUCCGCUGGUGCUGACAGGUACAGCCAAAUGGUAGAAAAAAUUGAAGAGGGAAGAGACCUCAUAGACCAUGUUUUCUACAAAAUCAUAGACGCCAUCGCAAGAGACGGAAAAGAAUAUGACGAUGUGAUUGAGGGAAGGCAUGCAAUCAAUUUUAAAACUUCCAAUUGCUAUGAAAAACUUAUCAAUGAUUUCUCUGAUGAAUGCGUUGAUAUCUAUAAGAAUUCUUAUACUCUGCGACAUCUCUAUACUUUCUAUAAUCUAUGUCUUCUGGAGGAGACUCAUAAUCGACAAAUAAACCCAGAGUUCAAGAAAGCAAUGGAGUCAGUUUGCAAUGAACAAACUCGACAGUUAUCUGAUAUCGACUAAGCUUUUUAGCUGCUAUUAUUUUUUGUGACAAAUUUUCAUAAUAUAUUCAACAUUUCAUCAAUUAGAUUUUUUAGAAAGCCAUGAUUAUUCAGAUUAAUUGAAAAUGCUCAAUAAAACUUACCGUUUAGUCUUUUCGAAUGUCCGAGUCAGUACCAUAUCUUAUAUUAUUGUAAAUAAAUUAGUUUUGCUUGCCUCU